AUGAGCAGGAAGCAGGUCGAGGACGACGAUCUGGUGAUGACCAUUGCGUCAGACGAAGAGUUGUCUGACGUAGAGGACAGUUCGGACUCUUCUGAUUCGGAAGACACUCAGUUCAAGAGUGCUGUGCUUAGCCGGCAGCAGCAGCUCAAGGAAGCGCAGCAGCAGCAAAUGGAAAGCGAGAUUGCCGAAGAUUUUGAGUUUGAAGAUGGCGGCGCUUUUCAUACGUCUGGAGGAAGUUCAUGGGACUUUACUGCUGCUAUAUCGCGUAUUGAAAAGAUGGAGAGCGGGAUCCCGACGGUUACCAAGCGUACGUCUAUUCAGGAUAAGAUUGACAAGAGACGACAGGAAAAGGAGACAGAAAAACAGGUGAAAAAGGACAAGAAGAAGAAGAAAAUACAGGUAGAUGUCAAGCAGAGGAAAGAGGAGGAGACGGAAGGAUCUCAUGACAGUGAAGAUGAGAAGGAGGGAGAGAAGGACUCGUCUGACGAUGAGGAGAAGCAGGAGAGAGAAGAAGAGGAUGUGGUGGUGGAGGAAGAUCGUUUGCAGUCAGCCUUGAAAGAUAACAAGAAUGAUCAGUUGUCUCGUGAGGAGCUAGUAGACGCAUUGGAGAAGAAAAAGGCCGCCGAGUUUUUCGAGUCAGAUCCAUUUGCAGCACAGGAGUUUGCAAAGACCAAAUUUGAGACCUUUGCAGACUUGAAAUUAUCGCGUCCGAUCAUGCGCGCUAUCUCGCACAUUGGCUUUGAAAAGCCAACGCCAAUUCAACAGCGAGCAAUCCCGAUCGCGCUCACGGGCAAGGAUAUUUGUGCUAGUGCUCAGACAGGAAGUGGCAAGACUGCCGCAUUCCUGUUGCCUAUCUUGGAACGUCUUCAAUUUCGUUCGCGUCGCGUACAGUCAACGCGAGUGAUGAUUAUUUGUCCUGUGCGUGAGCUUGCGACGCAAUGUCAGUCGAUGUUCGAGCAGCUGGCGCGUUUUACGGACAUUACGAUCUCUUUGGCAGUGGGUGGUCUCCCCUUAAAGGCUCAGGAAGCUGAGCUGCGUAAUCGUCCAGACGUUGUGGUGUGCACACCUGGUCGUAUGAUUGAUCACCUGCGUAACUCCAAGAGUGUUCACAUGGACGACCUAGAAAUUCUGGUGCUGGAUGAAGCUGAUCGGCUGCUUGAGCUAGGUUUUACAGAGGAGGUGCUAGAGCUUGUCCGCAUGUGUCCUGUGCAGCGCCAGACGAUGCUGUUUUCCGCUACAAUGACAUCAAAGGUCGACCAGCUGAUUAAUCUGUCGAUGAAGCGUCCUGUGCGUAUUAGCACUGACCCACUGUUUGAUAUGGCCAAGCACUUGGUGCAGGAGUUUGUGCGUAUUCGUCCGAACCGUGAAGACGACCGUGAGGCAAUUCUCCUAGCAUUGUGCACACGUACGUUCCGAACAAACACUAUUGUAUUUAUGGAGACGAAGUCGCAUGCGCACCGAAUGAUGAUCAUUUUCGGACUUACGGGCAUUAAAGCUGCUGAACUCCACGGAAACUUAAUGCAGAGAGAGCGGCUAGAAGCACUUCAAAAGUUCCGUGAUGGCACGGUGGACGUUCUUCUGUGUACCGACAUUGCUGCUCGUGGUAUUGAUGUGCGCGGUGUGCACGCUGUUAUCAACUACGAAAUGCCGAAGGAUAUCACAACGUACGUGCACCGUGUGGGUCGCACGGCUCGAGCCGGUCGCAACGGCCGUGCUGUCACGCUAACUAGCGAGUCGCGCCGUCUGGUAAUGAAGCAGAUAUCGCGUCAUUGCAACGGAUUCGUAAAAUCCCGUGCUGUUCCUGACCCAGUUAUCGCGCAAUGGAAGGCCCGCAUUGAGAGUAUGCAGGAAGACAUGAAGCUGGUAAUGCACGAAGAGACGCUAGAGAAGCGCAUGCGUGAAGCCGAGAAGGAGGCUACUCGUGCCACGAACAUGUUGAAGCACCGCGACGAGAUUAAUUCCCGUCCUGCACGCACGUGGUUUAUGUCUGAGAAGGAGAAAAAGAAUGUGAAUGAGCGUGUUGAUGACGAUCGUCGCGCCAAGGAGGAGGCUGCAAAGGAAGACGCUGAGGCUGCCGACUCCAUGUCGCGCGUGAAGAAGCUCAAGCUUAUGAGCCACAAAAAACGUCGGUUGUAUGAAAUCCGUGAACGCGAAGAGCGAAUGCUGGCGGAUGCUAAUCGAGAAGACGAAGAGGGCAACCGAAACAUUAAGAAGGGCGCUGCGUUCACAUCGAUGCACGUUGCCGGUGCUGCGAAGCGCGCGAAAAAGACACAGCAGGAAACAGCACGAUUGCGCGAGGAGGAGUCUAUCGCAGACAUCCACGAGCGGAAACGCCGUAGCCGUGAAAAGGCUCGUGCCGCGCGUAGCAGCCACAAUCCUGGCGCAUUCGACAUUGACAUGGCGCAAGAUGGUGUUUCGGCGCAGAAGCCUCGGAAGCAGCGUGACGGAAACGCUGUCCACAAUCCAUUCGAGUUCAAGGAGAAAAUCACUGAUUUCAAGAAACACGCGAAGAAGAGCUCGAGCUCUUUCAAGUCCAAGGCAAAGUACAAGCGGCGCAAAUAG